AUGGCCACGGAGAACGGAACUACCGAGCGCGCGGCCGUUGCUAAUCCAGAGACGGGCGACGCGCUUGCUACCGAUCCUAAGGGCAAGGGCAAGGGCAAGGCUGUCGCCACAGAGGAGGAGCAGGUUGAGGAUACUUCGAUGGUUGACGAUGACGAUGAUGAUGAUGACGACGAUGAGCUUCCUGAGGAGGUAAGUGUGCACGCGCGCACAGCGGAUGAUGACAACAUGGAGGAAAUCGACCUUGACAACGUCAUUGGCCGCCGCACCCGCGGCAAGGUGAUCGACUUUGCCAAGGCGGCCGAGGAGAAUCCCCCCGAGGACGACGAAGACGAAGAUGAGGACGAUGACUUUGUGGCUGAGGAUGAGAAGAUGGACGAGGAUUAA